AUGCUCUACACGAUAAUCUGCUUCUUUAUCGCCUACGUGUUGCUGAUCAUUGUUUACCUGGUGGAACCGAUCGAGUAUUCCCGCCCAUGGAACUAUAUUGUCGUAACUCUCUGUUACGAACUCCUAACGCUCGGCUGCUCCACUUUUGUGCAACAAUGGAACCUGCUCUACACGAUAGUUACUAUAGGUUUCUCCCUGGUCCUCCUGGCCAUCGCCCUGACCGUCUGCUUUCCGCUCAUAUGGUUCGACAAGUACCCGAAUCCCGUCAAGACGGCGACCUUUGUCUCGAUGUGCUUCGCCCUCGUCUACUGCAUCAUGAACAUGAGGCUGCUCAAGGAAUGGCACUACUGGGUGGACUUUGCGGUGUCCAUCUUCAUCUUUAGUGCUAUGAUUCGAUUGAUCUCGCACGUCAUGAUUACAGAUAAUAAGUUUGAGACCGUGGUGGUGGACGAUAUUAUGGUCACCGCCUUCAAGUUGUAUAUUAACUUUUGUCUAAUUUUCAUUGGAUGCGCCAUUGCCGUGGACUGUAUCCGAGUGAACACUGAUUGGAUUGUGGAUGAAUAA